AUGGCUGUGGAGCGGUGCCAUCGCUGCCUGAUUCCAUCUCAGCUGCCUUGGGGCUGGACACCCCCAGCAGUGUCCGGAGCAGAGGCGCUCCAUCCCCCUGAGCAUCCCCGUGCCUUCCUCUGGGGGGAUCUGGGAGCCGCCGGGGGCCGGGCCGUGCUGGCCGCGCCCCCGCCGCUGCCCGCGCCCCCCGCCCCGCAGGCGCCGCCCCCGCCCCGCCCGCCCGCUCCCCUUUGUGCGGCAGCCCCGCUCCGCUCGGCGCUCCGCUCCGCUCCCCGGCACCGCCCGGAGCCGCGGGGCCAGCCCGGCUCUGCCCGCCUCCGCCCGGCCAGCUCAGCCAUGGAGGCAGCGCUCAUCUUCCUGUGCUCCCUGCUGGUGCCAGCGGCCGUGGCAGACGCGGCCGCCCGCGGAGCCCGGGCGUGCGGAUGAGGCUUUCCUGCUCCCCU